CUUGCCUCCUCGGUUCUUGCCUUUGAUUGCUCCUCCAAGGAAUUGCCUUCAGAUUUGAGUUUUGAUAAACUAAAAGGUUUACACCAGUUUUCCAUCACAAACGACACACCUCCUUCUUUCUCUAACUUCACUUGGUUCAUAAACAUUUGUGGCUCAAUUGACAUUCCAAAAGAUGCCACCGGCGACAACUUGUUAUCUCAUUGUCCCAAGAAUUCUCAAAUCUGCGGUAUAAAACAGAUUUCUUUGCCUGGCAAAAAUCCUUUAGAGACUGAAAUAAUUUCCUUCCCAGAUUCAAUCACCCCAAAUUAUAAGUUCAAUAACGAUAAUAGUAACAAGAACGACGAUGUUGAUAGCAACAAAAAUCUAACUCUUAGCUUACGUGGUGCCUCGUGGGGUUCAAAUUCAAUAAAUUCGAAUUUAAAUUUCAUUUGCUCAAAGAAUAUAGAUGAUUCAAAAGAUUCUGAUAAUAUCAAAAUUACUUGGGAUUACCACAAUUUAAACAUAAACUGGAAAACAUCGGUCGCGUGUUUUAAUUCCAAAAAUAAUGGAGGUGGUGAUAAUAACGAUAAAGAUAAAGAUAAAGAUAAAAACGGUUCAGAUAAUAAUGAUGAUGAUAAAUCUUGGGGUUGGUUUACCUGGACCUUCAUUUUCUUAGUUCUAUUAUUUGCUGCUUAUAUAAUCGGUGGUGCAUGGUUAACCAUUUCAAGAAGAGGAGGCUACCCGACGGAUUUAAGUGAUGCAUUCCAUGAAAUUGUUGAUACAAUGGUUGAGUUAGCUAAAGAACUACCUUCAUUUGCAAUUGAAGUCAUUUCAAAAUUCUUUGGCGGUAGAAGAGGUGGUUAUAGUGCGGUUUAA